CUGAUGGAAAAUGUUUGGCAUCUGUUGGGCUAGAUGAUAAUCAUGCCAUUGUGUUUUGGGAUUGGAAAAAAGGAGAAAAGCUAUCAACAACCAGGGGCCAUAAAGAUAAAAUAUUUGUAGUGAAGUGUAAUCCUCAUCAUGUAGACAAACUAGUCACAGUUGGGAUGAAGCACAUCAAAUUUUGGCAGCAAACAGGUGGAGGCUUUACAUCAAAACGAGGAACAUUUGGAACUGCUGGAAAACUGGAAACUAUGAUGAGUGUUUCCUAUGGGCGAAUAGAAGAUUUAGUUUUCUCUGGUGCUGCUACUGGAGACAUUUAUAUCUGGAAGGAUACUCUGUUGCUUAAGACAGUGAAAGCACACGAUGGACCUGUGUUUGCCAUGCAUGCAUUAGAUAAGGGUUUUGUAACUGGUGGAAAAGAUGGAAUUGUGGCACUUUGGGAUGAUACGUUUGAAAGAUGUCUGAAGACGUACGCUAUUAAAAGGGCAGCACUAUCUGCUAGUUCUAAAGGUUUACUUUUAGAAGACAAUCCUUCUAUUCGAGCCAUCAGUCUGGGACAUGGGCAUAUACUAGUGGGAACUAAAAAUGGAGAAAUACUUGAAAUUGAUAAAAGUGGUCCAAUGACUCUACUUGUUCAGGGACAUAUGGAAGGAGAAGUCUGGGGCUUGGCAGCUCACCCUCUCUUGCCUGUCUGUGCAACAGUGAGUGAUGAUAAAACACUACGAAUCUGGGAACUUUCAUCCCAGCACCGCAUGCUGGCAGUAAGGAAGCUCAAGAAAGGUGGACGAUGCUGUGCCUUUUCCCCUGAUGGGAAAGCCUUGGCUGUAGGGUUGAACGAUGGGAGUUUUCUGGUGGUGAAUGCUGACACUGUUGAAGAUAUGGUCUCUCUUCACCACAGAAAGGAAAUGAUCUCAGACAUAAAGUUUUCACGAGAAUCAGGAAAGUACCUGGCUGUGGCUUCCCAUGAUAAUUUUGUAGAUAUUUACAAUGUACUUACCAGCAAAAGAGUUGGCAUUUGUAAAGGUGCAUCUAGCUAUAUCACACACAUUGACUGGGACUCAAGAGGAAAGUUAUUGCAAGUCAAUUCUGGUGCCAAAGAACAACUAUUUUUUGAAGCACCAAGGGGAAAAAGACAUAUUAUAAGAAUUGCUGAGAUAGAGAAGAUUGAGUGGGACGCCUGGACAUGUGUUCUUGGUCCUACAUGUGAAGGAAUUUGGCCCACGCACAGUGAUGUCACUGUUGUAAAUGCAGCUAGUCUUACCAAAGAUGGAACACUAUUAGCUACAGGAGAUGAUUUUGGGUUUGUGAAGCUUUUUUCAUAUCCAGUGAAGGGCCAACAUGCAAAAUUCAAGAAGUACGUGGGUCACAGCGCACAGGUAACCAAUGUGCGGUGGUUGCACAAUGAUUCUGUGCUGCUGACUGUAGGUGGUGCUGAUACAGCUUUGAUGAUCUGGACCCGAGAAUUUUUGGGCAUUCAAGAGAGUAAGCUGGUUGAUAGUGAAGAAUCAGACACAGAUGCAGAAGAAGAUGGAGGUUAUGAUAGUGAUGUUGCAAGAGAAAAAGCAAUUGACUAUACCACUAAGAUCUAUGCAGUAAGCAUCCGAGAAAUGGAAGGGACAAAACCACAUCAACAGCUGAAGGAGGUUUCAGUAGAAGAGAGGCAGGGAAUUGUCAAGGGAUCAAGGCCACCAGUUAGCAGAGCUGCUCCUCAACCUGAAAAACUGCAAAAGAACAAUAUCAGCAAAAAAAAGAAACUGGUUGAGGAGCUGGCUUUAGACCAUGUUUUUGGAUACAGAGGAUUUGAUUGUCGCAACAACCUUCAUUACCUAAAUGAUGGUGCUGAUAUUAUUUUCCACACAGCUGCAGCAGGCAUAGUUCAAAAUCUUUCUACUGGUAGUCAGAGUUUCUACCUGGAGCACACUGAUGACAUUCUCUGCCUAACUGUGAAUCAGCACCCAAAGUAUAAAAAUAUUGUGGCUACCAGCCAGAUCGGUACAACUCCCACAAUUCAUAUAUGGGAUGCUAUGAGUAAGCAAACAAUUUCAAUGCUACGUUGCUUCCAUACCAAAGGGGUCAACUAUGUUAACUUCAGUGCAACUGGCAAACUUCUGGUGUCAGUGGGAGUUGAUCCAGAACAUACUAUCACAGUGUGGAGGUGGCAAGAAGGGGCUAAAGUUGCUAGCAGGGGAGGACACCUGGAGAGGAUAUUCGUUGUAGAGUUCCGCCCAGAUUCAGACACUCAGUUUGUGUCUGUUGGAGUAAAACACAUGAAAUUCUGGACAUUAGCUGGCAGUGCUUUGCUUUAUAAGAAAGGAGUCAUUGGUUCCAUGGAAGAUGCCAAAAUGCAAACCAUGCUUUCUGUUGCCUUCGGAGCAAAUAACCUUACAUUUACGGGUGCCAUAAAUGGAGAUGUCUACGUCUGGAAGGAUCACUUUCUGAUUAGACUUGUGGCAAAAGCUCACACAGGGCCAGUGUUCACAAUGUACACGACUCUUCGAGAUGGACUCAUUGUCACAGGAGGGAAGGAGAGACCCACUAAAGAAGGGGGAGCUGUAAAGCUAUGGGAUCAGGAGAUGAAACGGUGCCGAGCAUUUCAGCUUGAGACAGGCCAGCUCAUCGAGUGUGUGCGCUCCGUCUGCAGAGGAAAAGGAAAAAUUUUAGUGGGAACAAAAGAUGGAGAAAUCCUUGAAGUAGGAGAAAAAAAUGCUGCUUCAAACUUGUUGAUUGACUGUCACAUGGAAGGGGAAAUCUGGGGCUUAGCAACUCAUCCCUCAAAAGACAUAUUUAUCUCUGCAAGUAAUGAUGGAACAGCAAGAAUCUGGGAUCUGUCUGACAAAAAGCUGCUGAACAAAGUGAAUCUGGGUCAUCCAGCAAGAUGUGCCACCUAUAGUCCUGAUGGUGAAAUGGUUGCAAUUGGCAUGAAGAAUGGAGAAUUUGUUAUUUUACUUGUAAACAGCCUUAAAGUUUGGGGUAAAAAGCGAGACAGGAAGUCUGCAAUUCAGGAUAUCAGGAUCAGCCCAGAUAACAGGUUUUUGGCUGUGGGUUCACAAGAACAUACUGUAGAUUUUUAUGAUCUCACUCAAGGUACAACCCUAAACCGAAUCGGCUACUGCAAAGACAUUGCAAGUUUUGUCAUACAGAUGGAUUUUUCUGCAGACAGCAGGUACAUUCAGGUAUCAACGGGUGUCUAUAAGCGUCAGGUUCACGAGGUACCACUAGGAAAGCAAAUAACAGAUCCUGCCUUGAUAGAAAAGAUCACAUGGGCCACGUGGACAAGCAUUCUUGGAGACGAAGUCAUUGGAAUUUGGCCGCGAAACGCAGAUAAAGCAGAUGUCAAUUGUGCGUGUGUGACCCACGCUGGCCUAAAUAUAGUCACAGGAGAUGACUUUGGUCUGGUGAAACUGUUUGAUUUCCCAUGCACAGAAAAAUUUGCCAAACACAAGCGGUAUUUUGGGCACUCUGCGCAUGUCACCAACAUACGUUUUUCUCACGAUGACAAGUACGUUAUAAGUACAGGAGGAGAUGACUGCAGUGUAUUUGUAUGGCGAUGCCUGUGA